UAGCACGUCACCUCGCCUUCCCAAAUUUUCUCCUUCUGCAGUUCGAAUCCAAAACAUCUAUCUAUAGUGCAAGAGAACGGGGAGAAAGAUGUUUAACUCGGUUAAUCUGGGCAACUUCUGCUCACAGACGCGAAAAGACAGGACUUCCGAGUUCGGAGACAGAGCGAGCUGUGCGUCCAACCUUUACCUCCCCAGCUGCACCUAUUACGUCCCUGAAUUUUCUGCCGUCUCUUCGUUCCUGCCACAGGCCCCGUCUAGGCAAAUCACCUACCCUUACUCCACGAACCUCUCCCAAGUGCAACCGGUUCGGGACGUUUCUUACGGUUUGGACCCCUCAACUAAGUGGCACCAUAGAGGGAACUAUGCGUCCUGCUACUCAGGGGAGGAACUGGUACAUAGAGACUGCCUUCCGCCAUCGUCCACCAUGACAGAAAUGCUGAUGAAAAACGAAAGUGUCUACAGUCAUCACCAUCAUCAACACAACCACCCAAGCUCCAACCACCUAUCCACGGGCUUUUAUUCGGGUGUGGGGAAAAACCACGUUCUUCCGCAGGGCUUUGACCGUUUUUUCGAAAGCACACACAACGCGACGGAUAACAGCUCGACAGAGAACUGUGCUCAGAACGGCGACUCCAGUAAACUGGAUUCGGCGUCGCAGCCGCCUGCCGCCCUCCUCCACAGUGCCACAGACCCCGAGAAAGACCCCGAGAAUGAAGAGGAAAACAUUAAUUCUGGUUCUUGUGCUUCUUCAUCAGGCAAAAAAGACGACAGCGCCAACAAAACAAGCCACUCGAGUACACCACGCACGAGGAAGAAGAGGUGUCCUUACACGAAGUUCCAGAUUCGAGAACUGGAAAGAGAGUUCUUCUUUAAUGUUUAUAUCAACAAGGAGAAACGGCUGCAGCUCUCCAGAAUGCUAAACCUCACUGACCGUCAGGUCAAAAUCUGGUUCCAGAACCGCCGAAUGAAAGAAAAGAAAUUAAGCCGAGAUCGGCUGCAGUAUUUUGCUGGCAACCCCUUAUUGUGAACUAAACUCUAAACUGGUAGCUUUGGUGAGAAGUAAUCAUCAAUAUUAUCAUCUCUAAAACUGACUUGCCUUUGGAGGACAUGGUCAGAGUCGACUAGCCAAAAACAAGUGUUAGGUAAUUCAUGGGAACGCUGGGACUGGAAAGAAAGAUAAUCAGUUAUUAAUAUCUUUAAUGUUUCCUUGUUUUGUUGAACCAAUAACAAGAACCAGCAUAAAACAAGACCUCCGAGAAAGGUAUCUCUGACAAUAGCAGAGCAGUGAAGGUUAACUAUUCCUUCAGCAUUUUUUCCAAUGAAAGAUUUAUAUUCACGCGUUUGUCACAUUUGGCCAAACAUUUCAAACAUUGUAAUCGCAAGUAGGACAUCAGUAUUUUUAUUUUGUUUGAUUAUAACCUAUUUCGAUUCACUUGUGAAAUUCUGUCUUUCCAGUGACAUUUCUCUCUUUUACCUCUGUAUUUCAUCAUUAACCUUUCUUUGUGAAAAUGAUUUUGCUACAAACUGAACCGACAUGAGGACAGCCUCACAGACCAUUCUUCAUAGAUAUGCAGAUAUAUAAACAUUUUUGCAGCAACCAAGAACUUGGACACGAAUCAUCGGUCCCAAAUUAUUAAUCUCCCUUGAGACUGUAUAUAUAUAUAUUUCAUUUGUUUAUAAAAUGUUAUCACUUAACCUAAUUACUAUCUUUGCAAGAUUUCAGAAAAUAACUUACGAGCUCUAGGGCUACAAGCUCUUUGACUCUAGUGAGCUUUUUGUUAAUUGCUUUCCGUUUACAUGUUAUGCAGUAUGAAGAUAUGACGUUGCAUAGGCCUAUAUGCAUCAAGUGAAAGAAUGUAACAUAAAAAUAAACGAAUAGUGAUUCUUAAAUCAA